CUCUUGAAGCUCAUCGCCAUCGGUAAGACAUCGACAAACUCGACAAUCAAAUCUUGAUCGUAGUCGUAUCAGAUUAUUACCCGCCAUGAAGUUAACGAUAAAGACGCUCCAGCAGAAGAUGUUUCAGCUCGAAGCUGAGGGGUCAGAGACCAUCGCGGAUUUAAAGCAGAAGAUAUCCAACACACAGGGUCACUCUGUAGAGAGCCAAAAGCUCAUCUUCUCCGGCAAGAUUCUUUCAGAUGACAAGUCGGUUGCGUCGUGCGAGAUCAAGGAAAAGGACUUUUUGGUAUUGAUGGUUUCAAAGUCUAAACCGCCACCGGCUCAACUUCCCCCAGUAAUUGCAUCAACGUCGACUCCACAGCCCGAGGUAGCCGCCCCUGCCCCCGCCCCCGUACCUGCCCCGGUAGCACCUCAAGUUUCAGUCCCAGCUCCUGCAGCGCCAGUACCUGUUGUAUCAUCUACCCCUUCUGCUGCUCCCGCAGCAGCACCUGUAACGGCUGACGGCAGCUUUGUGACUGGAGAAGCGCUCCAGUCGACAAUCAGUAAUAUGGUCGAGAUGGGCUUUGAACGCGAACAAGUCAUUCGCGCGCUGAGAGCCAGUUUUAAUAACCCUGACCGUGCCGUCGAAUAUUUGAUGACGGGCAUUCCUGCGCACCUCAUGCACGAGGCAGCAGGCCCUGCUGCGCGACCAGCGCAGACGGGGGGUGCAGCACCUACUGCUCCCGCCGCAUCCGCACCUGCACCCGCAUCUGCGGCCCAGCCUGCCCCAGUUGCCCCAACUGGCCAACCCCAGAAUUUGUUCCAACUUGCACAGCAACAACAACAACAGCCUGGUUCCAGAGGUACAGCAGCCGCUGGUGCGGGAGCUGGAGCUGGUGAAAUUGAUCUAGAGGCCCUUCGAAACCACCCACAAUUUCAGCAAUUGCGCCAGUUGGUGCAAACCAACCCAAAUCUCCUUGCGCCAUUGGUUCAGCAAAUUAUGGAGCAAAACCCACACCUUGGGCAGCUGUUUGAGAGUAACCCUGAAGCAUUGAUGCAAUUACUCAAUGGGGGAGACGAUCUCGAAGGCGAUGGUGCCGUGCCCCCUGGCGCACAAGUAAUACAUAUUACGCCGGAGGAACAGGCUGCGAUUGCUCGGUUGGAGGCUUUGGGUUUCUCGCGCCAGAAAGCUGCUGAAGCAUAUCUGGCGUGUGAUAAGAACGAGGAACUCGCAGCCAACUAUCUGUUUGAAUCCGGGUUUGAUGACGAGGAUGAUCAAUGAUGGACUGUGAGGUGUUUGUAAAGUUCUUUGCAUUGUUCUGGUUCGUGUACAUACUCAAGGCCGACUCAAGCUACCUAAAUUACGACUGGAUGGACGCAUGCGUGACCAUCAAACUGAAAAGUGGUCUAGAUCCAACUAACGAGAGAUUUAAUUUCUGAUUUAUUAUUGAAGGUCAUGAUCUCGC